CGUUCCCCGGUGCCGGCUGAUAAGACCGGAAUCCAGUUUAUACUGUUCCACCGUAGAAGAAAGGCGCAAAAAAAAUACAACCGGACACACACACGCCGGACAAUCGUUGCCGAUGCAUUCACUCGUCAUACUGUUUCUCUCCAUAGCCAUUGGACUGGCGGCUCCGGCGGCCCACGCCAAACCACUGGAUUGCACAAGAUGGUACCGUAAUUUGACAUGCUUCAUCGAAGAUCGAUCCAUCCUAUCAACGUCGUCGUCGGAAGCCGAUCAGACGAUCAUCACCUUUCCCGCCCAAGCCUCGCACCUCAUCAUCGACUCGAGCGUCGUUUUCCCCUUUUCCGUCCAGCUGUUCGAUGCUCUUGGCGAGACGACUUUCCUCACGCUCAAGGGCGGCUACAUACCGGUAGUCACCUUUCGCUCCAACCGGCUCAACUCGCUGCGCAUCGAUCAUACCAACCUGCACGACUUCACCAUCAGUCCGGUGGAGAAUCGUAACCUCAACACGCUGAUUGUCAGCGGCAAUCCACUGGCGGUGCUACCGCCAACCAUGCGCUACCUAACGGGCCUCUCGAUUCUAGAUCUCUCCAACAAUGCGCUGGAAAGUGUCAGCCUGAACUGGUUCGAAUCGAUGGCCAACCUGCUGGUGCUCGAUCUUUCCGCGAACCGUAUCGCACGGGUUGACCUGCUUCCGACGUUACGCCUGCCGCGGCUCAAGAACCUGUGGAUCAAUCAGAACCGUUUGCGCGAGCUAAACCACUUCCCUGACUUUGCCCCCCGUCUGCACCGGGUACGGCUGGUCGAGAACCGGUGGAGCUGCGCCUGGGUGCACCGGAUAAGGGCGGCCAUCUGGCUGGCAGAUGUGCAGGUGUACGGUGCCGAGUACGUUUGUCCCGAGAAGGUAGACGGUGGGCUUUGCUGUUACGACGAGUGCGACGAGUGUAGUGAUGAGGAGGAGGAGGCACCGGAGCGGCGAUUCCAGAUCGUUAAUGUAAACAGUGCCCCGGAGGAAGCCUCCGUUGAGUUAGUUGCACAAACGUCACCGUCAAAUGAGGCGGGGGACGACAAUCGAUUGAAGCAACCCCAUCGUGAGGUGCCGGAACAGCAUCAUCGUGCUGCCGUCGACCGGAAGCCGCCUCACGAGAGUCGUUUUAUGGAAACCGUUCGGCAACUCGAGUCGACUGUUAAGCGGAUUGAAGCAGAACUGAAAGAUUGUCGCUAGGAGGAGGGGGAGGUUUGGAAUGGGAUGCGGACCCAAAGCGAGAGAAGCGUUUGCUAUACAUGUUAGAAUAGUUCUAGAAACGCUCGAUAAGUUACGACUUGAAAUAUACCUCUUCCCACCUUUCAA